AAUAUGAAUGGGUUUUCUUUUUUGAUUUCUCGCAAUUUCCCAGUUAUCAAACAGAACAUUUGGGUUUGUGGGUCUCUGUUUUCUGCUGUGAUUCUGUGAAAAUCUGCAUCAGCUUAUAUUUUCUUUGUAUUGUGAUUAAAUUCUUGCCGACUAUUCCUGUUCUGAUCUUGAAAAAUCAAAAUUUCUGAAAUUUUUUUAAUUAUUUAUGUCGGUUGCAUUUGUUGUAUAGCUUUUGUGUUUGGUUGCUGAGAAAAUUGACGAAAAGGGAGGAAACAAGCAAAGAAAAGAAAAUUUUGGAUCUUUUGCUUUUUUUUAUGUGGUUUUGGUUUCCAGAAAAUGGAAUCCAAGAUUCAGAGUUUACUUCUUUUCAACAUUUUCACAGCAAGUAAACAAAGCAUAAAUGGGAAACCAUUAAAGUUCUCUUUUUCUUGCUGGAUCUGGAAAAAAAAAAAAGUGUAAAGGAGAAUACAAGUGGGAAAUCAUUUCACAGUCAUAUGAGCCGUAUUGUGUAAUCCUUUUUCCAUUUCCUUGAAUUUCUGAUGUCAACUGGGAAUUGGGUUUUCACUUUUCAUCACAAUAAAAAAAGAGUUGAGGAAAAGGCAAAGUUAAUUCCCACUUUAUUGCUAAACACACACAAUUCCAUGAGUUUUGAUUGAUGGUGUGAAAACCAUAUUUGUAAAAAAGGAAAGGGAAAAAAAAGGAAAAAACCCCGUGAAAAGCUUGUAGUGGAGCUUUGCCCUCAUUGUCAGUGGUUGAUUUUCCAGGAAAAGAAAUCCUCCACUCUGAGUUGUUAGGUGGAUUAGUCAUUUGGAGAGUGUCCUGAAGGUAAUUGGGUUGCAUCUGUUUGCUAAGAAGGAAUAGUGCUUGGAGAUAUGAACUUAGAGCAUGUGGAAAUUGUAGAAACCGAAAUUGAUACACUAGGGAUUCUCUCAUGCUUGCCUUUUUUUAUAUUAGGAAUUUUUGGCUAAAUUUGGGUGGCUCAAAGUUGUGAAUUUUUUCAAAUAUAUGUGGAAUUAGUUGACAAAUGCGAGAAUUUUCCCCUUUAGGGUAACUUCAAUUCAUUUGGGGUUUGUUAUCUGAAUCCAAUCUCAACCCUAUGGUUUAAUUUUGAGGCCAUUGAGCUGUGUUUAGCCAACUUGACCUAACUAAAGCUGAAUACAAAUUCCAUCAUGUUGGAUGAGGCUCAAAUCAUGCCUUGUUACUGUUGCAUCUGUUCAUUUCAGUAUUCUUAGGGACUGCUUCAAUUCAAGAAAGCCACCUGGCUCAGAUGUCCACCAUAAUGGAAUAUGACCUGGGAGCAGAAGGAGAUCUGUUCAAAGCUCCGGAACCCAUCAUUGAAGAACCAGUCAUGGGCCUUGAUCCCAUGACUGCAGCCAUGUCGAUGAUACCUUGUGGGGAAGAUGUCAUCUCCCCACAAGGGCUCAAGGUCUCGGAUAUCGAAUCAAUUCAAAGUGAGCAGCUUUUGAGUGAGGUUUUCUAUGAAUGCAAGAAGGAUCUCUUGGCUAAAACUGUAAUAGAAUCACCACUCUCUGAGGUCCUGGAUAUCAAGAUUCCGGUUGCAAGGAUGGGAGAGACUCAAGCUGCAGAGGAGAAAGCACUUUAUGAAGGAUUGUUCCAGAAAAGUGUCAGCUCGGGGUGUUUAAGCUCGAUGGAGUGGGUCAAUGGGACUGCCAUGAGGCCGAACUUUCUGGACUUCCCUGGAAUGGACUUUGGAGCUGCUUAUGGGAUGCGGAGGGCAUUCAGUGACGGAGACAUAAAGACACUCGGUAAUGGCCAAAUGAGCCUCAUUCGAACUCCUCUCGACCAUCCAGUUGUUGUCAGCAACUACACCCCCACUGAAGAUCGGCAGAAAAAGCUUUCCAGAUACAGGAACAAGAGGACCAAGAGGAACUUCGGCCGAAAAAUCAAGUAUGCUUGCAGGAAGGCGCUGGCUGACAGCCAACCAAGGAUCCGCGGAAGGUUUGCGAAGACUGAAGAACUGGACAUGACCAAGAGACAAUGACUAGUAUUAACUGCAACUCCAGGAAGAAUGAAGAAGCGAAAAGAAAAAGAAAAAGAAAAAAAAAAUCCGGAAAAAAGUAAUGAAAGAGAUCAGUACCAGUGUAAGCCUGGCAAAUAGAGUUUGGUAAGAGGCUAUAAAUAUGUUGUAGUGAAUCAGAAUAAGCCAGACCCCUCUCCUCUAUCUCCUCUAUAAAGGAAGGGACCCUUUCCAACACUUACAAACUGGUUGGAUCUGUCACUAGUUGUAAUAAAAUCUCCUCCUCUGUAGAACUGAAAAAAAAAAUCCCCCCCUAGAGGUUGUACAUAGGGUUUGUUGAAUAAGAGGGGAUGUGAAAACAUUAAUGUACUUGUUCAUAUAUGUGUUAUGAAAUAACAGUAUUGUAGUUUCUUUUAA